AUGGCGGUGCUGGCGCGGCCUCGCCGCGGUCCUGCCGGCCUAGGGCUGCGGCUCCGACGGGAGGCGACGGACGGCCCGUGGGGCCGGGGCCGGACGUGGAGCGAGGUGCUUAGAAAAAGCCUUCAAAGGGGGCUUGUGCUUUCAACAGGGUCCUUUUUGGCUUAUGAAGCUCAUAAGCUGAUUUUUGGCUUUGCUGAGGUUCAUGCAAGCUUCAAAGUGGAAGAAGUGAUAGAACAAGCAGACUACCUGUACGGGAGUGGAGAAACUGAAAAACUGUAUCAGUUGCUGGUUCAGCAUAAAAAUAGCGAUGAUGCGGAGUUGUUGUGGCGGCUGGCACGGGCAUCACGAGAUCUAGCUCAGCUUAGUAGUACUUCUGCAGAGGAGAAGAAACAACUGACUUAUGACUCCUUUGAGUAUGCAAAAAAGGCUCUUGAAAAAAAUGAAUCAAAUUCUGCAGCGCACAAGUGGUAUGGAAUUUGCCUCAGUGAUGUUGGAGACUAUGAAGGAAUCAAAACUAAAAUUGGAAAUGCUAUUGUUAUCAAGGAGCAUUUUCAGAGAGCCAUUGAACUAAAUCCAAAAGAUGCUACAACAAUUCAUCUUAUAGGGAUUUGGUGUUACUCCUUUGCUGAAAUGCCAUGGUACCAAAGAAAAAUUGCUGCAACGCUGUUUGCCACACCACCAACCUCCACGUUUCAAGAGGCGCUACGUUACUUUCACAUGGCAGAGGAAGCUGAUCCAAAUUUCUACAGCAAAAAUUUGCUCUUUUUGGGGAAGACAUACUUGAAGUUAAACAAUAAAAAGAUGGCUCUUCUCUGGUUAAGCAAAGCAAAGGAGUAUCCUGCACAGACAGAAGAGGACAAACAGGUACAGAAAGAAGCUUUGGAGCUGCUUAAUUCUAUAUAAGAAGAAACAAAAUAAUGGGAAUUCAGUGCCUCAGGUUUGAGCAGCAUAGGAAAAAGGCCCCAAAUACUACUUUGGUUUAUUGAAGCUGUUAAUAAAAGUAUAGCCCAGA